GCGCGCCAAACUUUCGCGCUUUCUCACCUGCCGUGCGGUAGGUGCAGCGAUCUCUCCUCGACAAUGGUGAGGUCAAGUAUUCUUUGGGACCCCUACUGCCUGGCGUACCUGAGUUGGGAGGACAUAGAGGCACUCAUGCUGCGGGAGAAAGAACCGCCGCGGCGUCGGGUGUAUGCAUCGCGAGGUGGCCUACUGAACCUGGACUCAAUGUCGAGCCACUGUUUUCGACGACAGUUUCGAUUCGAAAAAGCUGACUUUCCAGUGCUCGUGCGUGCCCUGAAGAUGCCGCGGUACAUCACUAGUGCCCAAGGAGUGAGGGUAACGGCCACAGAAGCCCUAUGCAUAUGUCUCCGGAGGCUUGCCUAUCCAAACAGGCUGUGUGACCUGCAAGAAUACUUUGGACGUCACUAUUCUGUGGUGUCGAGCGUAUCGAACAAAGUACUCUACCACAUCGAAAAGAACUUCGGUUGCCUCCUGAGCAAUAUGACCAUUCACCCGUGGCUCAAACAUUCGGACUUGGAAGCUAUGAGCGAGGCUGUUCAUCGUAAAGGUGCUCCUCUGAGCAACUGCUGGGCGUUUAUCGACGGUACAGCGCGCCCCAUAUGCCGACCCUCGCAAGACCAGCGCCUCUACUUUUCCGUGCACAGGAGGCUACAUGUGCUCAAAUACCAGUCUUUGAUGUGUCCAAAUGGGCUCAUCUGCCAGCUGGAUGGACCAUACCCGGGACGAAGGCAUGAUGCUGGCAUUCUUCGGGACAGCCAGUUGUAUGAAAAGCUGGAAGCAUUGACACUGGACAAGGAAUUCGUUAUAUACGGCGACCCAGCCUAUCCUCUCCGCCCACUGCUUAUGAAGCCCUACGGAGGAGCAGCAUUGACAGCCACCCAGCAAGCGUUCAAUUCAUCCAUGAGUGCGGUCAGACAGGCCGUUGAGUGGGGAUUCGGAAAGAUUAUCUCAGAAUUUGCAUUUGUGGACUUUAAAAAAAACCAAAAGAUACUACUACAGGCCGUACCACGCAUGUACAGAGUUGCUGUUAUCCUGACCAACUGCCAUGCUUGUAUGUAUGGUAACCAAGUCUCCACAUAUUUUGAUGUGCAGCCACCUUGCCUGCAAGAUUACUUGAGCCCUGCCAGUCAUUAAGUGCAGUGCAAUGUGACCUAUAUAAACCUCAAUUAACUAUUUUGUGUAACGGUACGAGACCACCACCACAAGAACGUUUCAAAAUCCAGGCCAAGCGUGGCCUUGCACAUAACUGUAACGCUGCAA